GCCGCCUCCGCGACUAUACCGCACUAGUCAGUCGGCCGGGACACACGCGACUCCGCCGCGAACCGCGAUACGAUCGUACCGUACGAGUAACGAGUACCUCGGCCGCUAAGAUGAAGUGUUUAACUUUAUUUUGUGUCUUAUUGACUAUAAAAUUUCUCACUGUGCAUGCUGAGUUCAAAAUCAAGAAGGAAAUCCAAGAGUUGGCCGAACAAGUCGAGAUCAUGAAAACUUUGCAUGUCACCGAUGUUAUGCGCAUGAAGAGGGAGAUCGAGGAACUCAAGGAACUGACCACUCUGCAUUCUUCCGGCAACCACGAGCGAAAUGAGAAGAUGGCGCUGCAGUGGGCGAAGACGUCUAUGAACGAGCUGAGGCUGGAGAUGAAGGAGAUCGGCAGGAGUAUCAACAACUCCGCGUUGCUGCGACAGCUGCAUUCCAUUCGGAAUGAGCUGAAGCAGGCUUUGAUGGAGACCUCGGAUCUGGCGAAGCUGGCGCGGACGCAGGAGGCGCGCGUGGACAAACUUGACGGGGAGGUGGGCCGCCUCCGGUACGAGGGUCAGCAAAUGAGGGCCAUGAUCGCUGAGGUCAGGGGACACGUCGCCAAGAUCACCAAAGAGAUGAAAACGAAACAACUCGCGGAUCUGAACCCAGACUAUAACGACGUGCUGGAGCCGCACGAGCAGAGAGCUGGCGAGCUGAAGCCCGAGCACAACCACAAGUAUCGCCACAACAAAAUGGUGCAUGCGCAGAUCUCGCGCCUGGCUAAGAGCCAAGACCAGCUAGAUGAGUUUCAGCAGAGUCUUCAAACACAAAUAUUGGACGUCCAACGACGCAUGGACCGCUUCGAGGAGCCCAACUGGAACCUCCUCUCGGCAAAAGUGGAAUUCCUCGAGCUGGAAACUAAAGUACUCGGCGAAGAGUUGAAGAACACCUCACAAAAGAUCUCGGACCUCGACAAAGUGCAUACUUCCAUGCUCGAGCUGAGGGAGGACGUGGAGAACAUCGAAAAUAAAGCCGAUAAAAUCAUCCCUGAAUUCCGCAAGGAGAUAUCUAAAUUGGACAUCAGCUUCGCCCAACUGAAUGCUCAAUCGUCGUACUUGAAGGAGGACCAAGAAAAUUUGCGUCAAUCUGUUAAGGCCAUCGCUGUCAGCGUCAGCAACACUAUCGACCGCGCCGAGCUCGAUCGCCUCACCAUGAAAAAAAUCAACGAGUCUAUCGCCGACUUGGAAACCAGAUCCAAGCAGCAUUUCUAUCGCCUUAACGAUCAUAUUCUGAAGAGCGAAGCCAAUAAUGUUGAUGGUAAUCACACAGACAUUAUGCCUCUUCCCGAGUUAAUUGAUGAGGUCAAGGAGCUCCAACCGGUGCAGCGUGAGUAUGAAGAUUUGGUGAACCAACUCCCCGAAGAUUGCUCAAGCAUCUCGGGCCCUAAUGGCGUCUACAUGAUUCACCCCGGUAACGGACCCAUGGACACCUGGUGCUCUAAUGGCAGUACACUUUUACAACGCCGCCACAAUGGAACCCUGGAAUUUAAUAGGAAAUUUGGAGAAUACGUUAGAGGUUUCGGCACUCCAGCGGGCGAAUAUUGGGUAGGGCUGGAAACCAUGCACCAGCUGACUGCUAGGAAUUGUUCAUCGAUGCGUUUGGAUAUGACUGACAUUUAUGGAGGCUACUGGUAUGCCCAAUAUGAUCAGUUUUAUGUAGGAGGCGCGGACUCUGGCUUUAUUCUUGAAUUAAGCGGCUUCAAAGGUAAUGCAAGCGAUGCUUUUGAAUAUCAAAACCACAUGGAAUUUUCUGCUAUUGACCGCGACAGGGAUGUUUCCAACACACAUUGCGCCGGGAACUACGAAGGCGGAUGGUGGUUCUCUCACUGCCAGCACGUGAAUAUCAACGGCAAGUACACCCUCGGCUUGACCUGGUUCGACUCUGCUCGCAACGAAUGGAUCGCUGUGGCCACCAGCGAGAUGCGCAUGUACCGCCGCCCUGGCUGCUCUUAAAUUCAUCACGAUUCUCAAUCAUUCAGCAUCAUUCAAUUUCCACUAUUUAUUAUUAUAAUAAAUAGCUGACUUUUAUCAAUCAUACCAAAGAUAAAACUAGUAAGCUGUCGUACUUAUUGUUUUAAGUAGUAAAGGCGAAUGUAAUCGUAUUAAAUAUAUAUAUCAGUGUGUUUCUUCUACUCACGUUCUUGAUGUGCCCUUCAGCUAUAUCCUAACAAUAGCGAUCUUGCCAAGAUGUUUCCGGAUCACUGGGAUAGAUUGUAAUAAAAACUCUUAGUAUUAACGUGCGUCUGUUGUAACUGUGCGUGCGUUUAGCGUCAUUGUUUCAUCCUCCUUCAAAAGCGAUUAUUUUUAUUAUAAGAAGCGGGUGUACUGAGUAAAGGAUGAUAUCUCCGAAUGAUGAAUAUAUGAUCCGUGCCCUUCGACUGCUUUUAGAAGUAAUCAUAUCAUGAUAGUUGAUGUUAAAUUUAUCGAUGUAUUUUAGAACUUUAAUCCGAAUUCGUAUUUGAACUUAUUACCAUGUGUAAGUUAUAGUAAUAUAUUUAAACAAUAAAAAUAAAAAAAAUACCACGAAAUAUUGAAGGUUCAUUGGGUAAAAGCUGGCUUAUAUCGGAAACUUAUUUUAACUUAUGUACAUAAGUAUCUAUUGUAUUAUAUAUUUUUAAUUUUAUUUAGAUUUAAGUAUAGAUGUGACAAUGCAUAAAAUGCAUCAAAAAUAUUGAGCUUGCAUUUUAGUUUACUGUAAUCUUUAAACAUUCCACUGAUUUCACAUUAGGCUGAUUAUUUCUAGUUAUAACCCUUGUACAUAUAUAUGAUUAUAAUUAUAUUACUUUUAGUAAAACUUGCAUAUUGCAAUUUUAUGUUAAGGGGAUUGAGUCAUUGAGCCAUACAAAAGGAAUUUUAGUGAAAUUUGAUACAUAAGUUGAACACAGCCGUCAAUAGCAAGGUACUCUUAAUAUAGGUUCCAGUAGUAUGGUAAUCAUUACUGCCGUUUGAUCUACUCGUGACAAGUCAAAAACUAACGUGUUAACUGUAGAUGAUGAAGCAAUUGUACAAUUCAUCGACUGUGGUUAACACAGUAAUGGAGUAUGUCAAUCAUGCAAACCGUUCAAGGAAGUUUGUUUACACGAUUGGUUGGACGAUAUUAUUACGACGAUAUUAAAUUCCGGGACUAUUCUUCGCAGAAUCUAUUGGAUGGAUUUCGAUGACAUAACUUUAAGUAUAAAAAAAGAACACCCGGAAAUACUUCACUUUUUAGCAAUUUUUUCAGAAACCAAAGCGUAGCUCUUCGGCAUAGACAGACUAGUCAGUAAGUAAUAUCUUAUUGACGGACUAUGUUUUAUUAUUAAAUAAUAAAUAGCAAUUGCGUAUCAUUUUCGAAACAAUCUAGGCUCAAUGAUAAGAUGUCCUUAUUGUUCUUUGUCUCAGAAUUUACCUAUAAGACUGUUCUCGCCAAGCUAUCAAAAUUAAGGUUUAGAUUUAUAGAAUUGGCAUUGAAGGCAAAGAUAAUUUAUUAGUAUUUAUUAAGAUUUCUUCGACUUGCCUAUUACCUACUCGCUAGGUAGUAAAUUGUGUCAUACUUAUCUGUUAGGGCUGGACUAGGCGAACGAGACAGCAAUAUAUCUGAUUGAGGGUAACAUGUAAACUUCAAUAUUUCCUGAAUUUAUCAGUAAUCUGGUCGGUAAAUAAGGUUUUCAAUUUAUCUAUGUCGAUAGUUUGCAAGAUGUAUUAGAAUAGUGUUAAAUGUUACAUAAUAAGUUUAGGUAGUCCAGUGCCGGCUGCACACUAUCAGACAACUCGGACAGAUGCCUCGAAUGAAUGAAUAUUUCGUAGUUUGUAUUCGCGGCCAUGAAAAGACAGUAACAUGUCAUGAACUAUUUGUGUGUAUAGUGUAUAGUUGGCAUAAAACCAUAUUGAAGCUUGAAAAACACCUGGAGAUCAGUUUUAGAGUUUCACCUUGUGUGCAGCGCGGAUCUUCAAUAUCACGUUCGAAUUAACUUGCCUAGAGAAUUAACGCCGAACAAUGGUGGAAUUGAAGAAUGGAACUCCAAGGGACAUUGAAAAAUACACUAAUAAUAUAUUGUACUAGAUUAGCAUCUUCAUUAUAUAAUCAAACUAAGAAAAAAUAAAUAUCCUAACCAUUUUACUCGUCACAUUAAUCCAGGGUAACUGCUAAUAUUGAUACAUAAUAGUGAAUGCAACAUCGCAGUGCUUUCACAACACUUACUGCGACACAGUUAUUGUAUUCCCAGCGCGAAGCAUAGUUGAUCAAAAAUAUUCAUUUUAGAAAAUAUAGUUGAAAUUAUUUAUUUUCAGUAAUUGCAAGAAAUGCGGAUGUAGAAUAUUUUACGAGCAGUGGUUUUUGGUUGAACAUGUAUAUACAACGCUCGCGAAAUGGACAUGUUUGUCAGAUUAAUCCGACAUUCGCGGUGAGGGUUAAAGUUUAGCGUCCGACCGAAGUUUGGUUUUGCCAAAUUGCCAAGACCAUUGGCCGAAGUAAAUGACAUACAAAAUACUUAAUCAGAGCAAAAUUAGUAAGAAGUGGUCAUUUUUGUUUUCAAGUUAUUAAUAUAAAUUGUACAAAACAAGUUACAUAAACAUUGUAUUGUAUUGUUUAUUUGUUUAGCCAAUAUUCAAUUAAAUUUCUUUGAGUUGUCUUUCAUAGUCUUUGGCAAAUACCUAGAUCUUCGUCAGACAAUAUUCAUUUUAUUAAAAGUUGAGUUAUUAGCAGUCGCCCGCCUUCUGAGUAAAUUAAGUGUAUUUAGAUCAGUAAUCACAAUUUUGCCCAAUUAAAUUGGCUAAACUUGGACGUAUUUCGUAAACUCGUUGUUUUUAGGGUUCCGUACCUCAAAAGUAAAAAAAAAAAGAAUCC